UUCAAAAGAGGAGCGUAGGAAGCUUCCUCCUCUCUCUCCCUCUCCCCAAUGGCGCAACAAAUGUUCUCUCUUUAAAACCCCUAACCAAAGAUCCUCCCAGUGUCUGACCCCCUGUGUUGCUUUACUCUCUCUCCCUCUCUCUGUGAAGUCCAACGCUGCAAUUUGAGCUCUUGAGCCAGAAGAAGAUAAGCUAAAACUGAGAAGAUGGGAUUCUCAGGUUGUAAAAGAAAACGGCGAGAAGAUGAUAAAGAUACCUCAUCAACAGCAACUGGUUUCGCCAUGGAUGAGCUCAACGACGACAUUCUCGAGAAGGUCCUCUCAUGGCUUCCAACCUCGACUUUCUUCCGCCUUAGCUUCGUCUGCAAGAGAUGGAAAUCAAUGGCGGAAUCACGAAGCUUCAAGCUCGCUUGCUCCCAGAUUCGCUCUCGUGACCCUUGGUUCUUCAUGGUGGACAGCAACCUCUCUCUCUCCUUCCUCUUCGAUUCCUCCGACAGCAACUGGAGAAACCUUAGCCACUGUCCCUCUCUCCCUAACCGGAAUCUCAUGCCCGUCGCCUCCUCCGGCGGCUUACUCUGCCUCCGCCACGGCGUCUCCGGCGACUUCCUCGUGGUUAAUCCCGUCACCGGAGCUUCUCGUGAGGUCCCUCCUCUCAUCUCUCGAGAUCAAGAACCUCUUCACGCCGUUGCAAUGACGACAAAAUCUACUUGUCAUGAUCAUUCUUACCCUAAUUACAAGCUCAUCGCUAUCUCUGGAGAGAUGUCGAGACUCUCUUUCAGAGUCUACGAUUCGAGAUCCGGUUCUUGGGGCGAAGAAGAGAUCGGAUUUGCUAAGAACGUAGACGAUUUCGACAGUGGUAUUUCAUCUGAAUCCGAUUCCAAUGACGAGAACGGUACAGUUUACUUCCUGAGCAAGGCAGGGAAUGUUAUGGCCACCAAUCUUCAGCGAAACCCUUCGAAGCAAUACUCGUCAGUUAUAACCCUAAGAGACGGAGAAGAGAUCGUGUAUUUCUUCAGCCCUUCGGGAAGUAUCGUUUCCUGCAACAUCACGAAGAGAUCCUUCACCGAGCUCCCGAGGCUUCUGCCGCCAUUGAUGGAGUACUCCAUAGACAUGGUGGAGUGUAAUGGAAAUAUGUUUGUGAUUCUUCUGUCCGAAUUCUUCGAAAGCUCGAGCUUGAGGGUUUGGAGACUCGACGAGAAGAACAAGAACUGGGUUCAAGUUGCGAUGAUGCCUCCCGCAAUGUCGCAUGAGUUAUUCGGGAAAAAGGGCGACAUAAACUGUGUCGGAACACGUGGUAGGAUGCUCGUUUGCUUCAAUUCACCCGAGAUGUUUCGAUAUUUCACAUAUGAUUUGGUCGCGGACGAGUGGAGUGAGCUUCCCAGAUGCUUCAAGAAGGAUAACGAAGCUGCAGAUUUCGUUUCGGCUCUCGCGUUUGAGCCCAGAAUCGAGGUUUCGGUAUGAGUUCAGAUCAAUUCCGGUUUGUUUCUAUAGGUGUUUGAUGUUAGGACAAGUUGUUUUUGGUGGGUUUAGGGUUUGUUCAAGGCUGCUGUGUGUAUUCUUUUGAUGACCAGUUUGUAACAUUGGAUCUGUCUCACAUUUUUAUGUAUUAACAGUGAUUGUUCUUUAAACCCAUUUGAUCUUAA